UCCCAGAUACCUCUCUCCCUUUCUCUUCACUUCCCAGAUAUCUCUCUCCCUUUCUCUUCAUUUCCCAGAUACCUCUCUCCCUUUCUCUUCACUUCCCAGAUAUCUCUCUGUCAGAAGUGGCUACAGUCCAAGCAACGGGCAUCAGUCGAAGUCUGCUCCAACCAAUCCUGCGCCUUCCGUCUCUCCCGUGUGCUAAUUCUCUGCACACGCUCCCUCUCUGUCUCCCCCGAUCAGCCCCUCGCCGUCCCCCUCAGGACUCUGGAGGUAUAUCUCUCUCCGGUCAGCUACAGAGAGGUUCCUGGGGAGGCCAGCAGUCGACUUCUGGACAAGCUCGUGGCGACUCAGGUUGACUGCGGUUAUUUCCAGGCACUACAGAGAGUCCUGGAGACAAGGGUCCCGCCCCCAGACGGUCCUGACUCCGCCCACUCCGCCCUGGCCAACAGUCUCCUGGCAUUCCUCACCCUCCCACUCCUCCGCCCGGGCGGAGACAGAUAUCUGGAGAGGUUUGUGAGUGAGGUGCUCUGCCAGACCCUCACUCCCCACACGGCACAUCUCCUCCUCCCCCACCUCUCCCGCUCCCCGCUCCCACUCCCCACACUUAUCACAACCGUCCACACUUCUCUCAUUGCCAACUCCCUCCCUCCCUCACUCUCUCUACUGUUUUCCAUCCUUCAGCUAACCCAAGGAAAACUAGCCACCCAACCACCACCAAUCAUUUCUCACUACUGCCACAUACUAUCGAGACUAAUAUCUCAUCAAAUCAACCCGACAACGCAGUGGGCGGAGCCAGACACAGACGAGUUCCUUAACGAGUGGGAGGAGCACGAGGAGGCGGACUUUGACCCCCUGGAAUCUCCCAGGGAGCUGCUUGGGAGCUGUCUCUCUAUCAUUGUCUGUGACAGAUAUCUCCCGCUCUACCUCCGCAGACUAACGUCGUUCAGUGAGCCACUGCUCCGUGGGGUGUGUGGUCUGUGUCACCAGCUGCUGUUGGUGAGGAGACCUGGGGUCUUCCCUGCCAGUUUCUCCAGCAACUAUCAGUGUCUCCCAACCUCCUCUCACCUCUGUGGUCCACCGUUCAGUCUGUCACCAUGGAGGGAUUCAGUGGGUCAGUCCCGGGACUCCAGUUCCUGUCCCGGGGUGGGCAGCUCCCGUCCCGAGAAGGCCGGGCCCUCGUAGAGCGACUGGGGACCUUCUCCACUCUCCUCUCCCUCUACCUCUCCACCCUUCACGACGCAGAGUUCUACGGAGAGACAUCGACGGGGGGCCAUCUCCCCUUCUCGCGUGGCCAGUUGGUAGAAAUGGUGGCUGUUCUCAGAGACGUGUAUGUCUCCCUUCACAUGGAGAAACACCUCCCCCACUCGUUAUUCCGAGCCCCUGCUCGUCUGGUUGAAAUGAAACCCUCUCCUGUUGAAUACCAGCAACUGAAACAGUGUGUCUACCAGCUGCUCUGUGGACUCCAUGAGAGAGACAGUCGGCGGCCAUUCUGUCCUCCAAGACACUGGGAGAUGGCCCACCUCUCCAAGAUCUCCUCCAUCCCUCCCGAUCUCUUCCUCGAGGCCGACGAAGAAGAGCCGAUGUCACCUCGGGUGGCCCCUAGUGUAACGAGAUCCGCAGAGCUGCUACGACGAGCUCCUUUUGUGUUUCCCUUUGAGGAGAGAGUCCGGUUCUUCAGGAGUCUGGUGAUGCAGAGCAAGAGGUCAAUCAGGGGUCAUCUCCAGGAGUUUCUGAUUGGUCCGUCGCUCCAGGUCCAGGCACGACGUAAUCACAUCUAUGAGGAUGCCUUCUCUGACCUUUCUCAGGAAAAAGAUCUUCGUCUGCCUCUGAAGGUGAUGCUGGUGAAUGCCCAGGGACUGGACGAGCCAGGUAUCGACGGAGGAGGUUUGUUCAGAGAAUUCCUCUCAGAGCUGCUCAAGACCGGAUUCGACCCCAACCGCGGCUACUUCACAUCCACACAGGACGGACAGCUCUACCCUAACCCUCAGGCUCCUUUCCUGAGCGACAACUACGCCUCCCACUACCGCUUCCUUGGAGCCAUGCUCGGCAAAGCAAUGUAUGAGCACCUGUUGGUGGAGAUUCCGUUUGCUGGUUUCUUCCUGUGCAAGUUGGCAGACCGCGGACAGGGCAGGUUGGAGGCUUACCACCUUGCCUCCCUCGACCCUGAGCUCUACAGGAAUGUGUUGUCUCUGAAAAACUAUGAGGGGAGAUUUGGAGGAUUUGGAUCUCAAUUUCACCACGAUAAGCAGCGAGUUUGGCCAGAGCAAGGUUGUUGAGCUACGACCAGGAGGAGGGGAUCUCCCUGUAACUAGGGGCAACUGUAUCCAGUACAUCCACCUGUUGGCUGACUGGAGACUCAACACCAGCAUUGACCCCCAGUUCCGGGCCUUCAGAGAGGGUCUAGCCAGAGUGGUACCCCUCUCUUGGCUACGACUCUUCAACCAGGGAGAACUUCAGGUGCUGAUAUCAGGGGCCGAGGUGCCUAUAGAUAUCAAUGACCUCAGAGCCAACACAAAAUAUGCAGGAAAGUACAAGGAAGACCAUGAGUCCAUCAGAAUGUUCUGGGAGGUGGUGGAGGGCUUUACGGAGCGGGAGAAACAGCAGCUGCUCAAGUUUGUCACCAGCUGCAGCCGACCCCCGCUCCUGGGGUUCAAAGAUCUCUUCCCUCCGUUCUGCGUCAUGUCUGGGGGGCAGGACGACCGGCUCCCGUCCGCCUCGACCUGCAUGAACCUCCUCAAACUCCCCAUCUUCCCCGAUUUCAAGACACUGGAGAGCAGACUAAAGUACGCCCUGUCGUCUGGAGCUGGUUUUGAACUCAGUUAGCCAGUGACUUUACACCAGUGUCAGUGAAGUCAGUUUUUGAAACAUGUCACCUUCAUUCUACCACCAUAUCUAUCCAUCAUGAUGUGAAUGAC